UGGAGGAAAGUUUGGAAUUCCUGAUACAUUGGUGGAAAGAAGGAGGAGGGGAGAGCGCCGAGCAAGGGAACUUUGACUUGUGGAAAUAUUGCCGGACCGAGAUAGAUAAAAGCUUGAGAGCGGGAAACUAAUAAUUCAGCACUCAGAAACAAAAAAUAGGAUUUACUCCCUAAAUGCACAGACUGAACUUUGGGAUUCGUUGCUCGCAGUUUCUUCUGCCACUUUGAACUGCACUGCACAUGUUGUCAGAUUUUCAGGCUGCUCAAUGAAUUGCACCGUACAGAGCUGGGCUUGCUGAGAACCGGUUUGUUUAUGUUUAGUGUAUGAGAAUUGAUUGGAGAUACGAACGUGACACACGGCAGUAGUGUUUCACAUAGCUGUUAGUGGGAAACUGGUGUCGGGAAUCCUGCGCGGUCUCUACUGGCACUAACCUAAAUGAACCCUGUCAGUUAGCCCUGCCAGGGAUACAAGCUGGUCACAUUGGCAUUCACGGCGGGUCAUCUGAAUAGGCUUUAAUCUACCAAAAAAAUCGGAUUCAUUGCAUGUUUUAUAGUCCAGUAAGAAAAAACGGUGCCUUUUGUAGUCUAUUGAACGGGCGGGAGCUAUAGCGCACAUUGCGUUUUUUGAGGAGAGAAGAGACUAGUUUCUGUUCAUGCUAAAACGGUGUAAACUCCUGGCUCUGCCCCUCUGGCAACUGUAGCAAAGGAUAUCUGAGGCAAGGGAGUAUAGGCUACUACACCAAACAUUAGCCUGCACGAAACGGUGCCUGCGUCUACUUUUCCUGCUGCACUUGGGAGCUGUCAUGCCUAUACGAAAGAAAGAUGCUCAAAGAGCUUUACUGCUCAUGGAGGAAUACAAGACGAAACUUGGACAGACAGAAGACAGACAACUCAGACAGUCAUUAGAAAGACUCAUCAACAUCUUUCAGAGCAACCUCUUCCAAGCCUUGAUAGAUAUCCAGGAGUUUUAUGAAGUGACCUUACAGGAAGGCCAGACAUCUGUAGAGCCAGUCAAGCCUGCAGAGCCCCCAGCUCCCCCUGUCACCCUGUGGGACUUCUCCAGCCUUCCCUCCCCCUCUACAGCUGUCACAUCUGACACCCUGCCCAGCAGCCUUACGUCCAGCAUAGAGAAGUACAGGAUUCAGGAUGAGGAUGGUUCUACCCCCCAGCAGGACCAGGGUCCAUCUCAGGCCUGUCCCCAGCACCCCUACCCCAGCCUGGAGGAGAGAGGCAGAGAGCGGGAGCUGCCAGGGAGCCAUCACGGGACCCUCCGCAGCCACCAUGGAGGAGGAACCCUGGACGGGUACCACCACAGCAGGGGAGAGAGAGAGGGCAGGGGGGAGGGACGGCCAGAGCUGGUCCAGGUAGCGGAGAAAAACCUGUCUCAGAUAGAGAACGUCCAUGGAUAUGUCUCCCACGCACACAUCUCCCCUAUGAAGGUAGAGUCGUUGGAGUGUAUCUUCGACGCUGGCUCGCCUGUAGGCUAUGAGGACGUUCCUGUUCCUGACUUCUCUACGCUGUAUGCUACCCACCACGCCCUUCUACAGCAGCCAGAUGUGGUGGUCCCGCCCCCCGUACCCAUAAUCCCUGUGAUCCCCAUCCCAGCCGAGACCACUCCUGUCAUCUCUCCACCCUCCUCUCUGCCUGCACCCGCGUCACCCACGUCACAGGCAAACCCACCUCCUGUGGUGGUCAACACAGACAGCUUGGACAGCCCCCCAUAUGCGAAUGGAUCUGAAGCUGAUUAUGAAUAUGAUGAGAUCACACUGGAACGGGGUAACUCUGGGUUGGGCUUCAGUAUUGCAGGGGGGACAGAUAACCCCCACAUCGGCGAAGACCCCAGUAUCUUCAUCACCAAGAUUAUCCCUGGGGGAGCUGCAGCUCAGGACGAACGCCUCAGAGUGAAUGACUGCAUCCUGAGAGUGAACGAGGCCGACGUGAGGGAUGUGACCCACAGUAAGGCUGUGGAGGCCCUGAAGGAGGCCGGCUGCAUCGUCAGGCUCUACAUCCGCAGGAGAAAAGCCCUCUCGGAGAAGAUCCUGGAGCUCAAACUAGUCAAAGGUCCCAAAGGGCUAGGAUUCAGUAUUGCGGGGGGAGUAGGGAACCAGCACAUUCCAGGAGACAACAGCAUCUAUGUCACCAAGGUCAUCGAGGGAGGGGCUGCACACAAAGACCAGAGGCUGCAGAUAGGAGACAAACUAUUGGCUGUAAACAGCGCUUGCCUUGAGGAAGUGAGUCACGAGGAUGCCGUGGCGGCCUUGAAAAACACUCCUGAUGUGGUUUACUUGAAAGUGGCGAAGCCCACCAGUGUCUUCAUGAACGACAGCUUCGCUCCCCCCGACAUCACCAACUCGUAUUCCCCUCACAUGGACAACCAUAUCAGCCCUUCCAACUACCUGAGCCGGCCCCAUACCCCCGCCACGCCUGGACGCUACUCCCCCGUCCCCAAGAGCAUGCUAGGAGACGACGAGGUGACAAGGGAGCCCAGGAAGGUGGUGUUGCACCGUGGUUCUACAGGCCUGGGUUUUAACAUCGUAGGAGGAGAGGAUGGAGAGGGAAUCUUUAUCUCCUUCAUCCUGGCUGGUGGACCUGCUGACCUCUGUGGAGAGCUUCGCAAAGGAGACCGCAUCAUCUCAGUGAACGGGGUCGACCUGCGCAGUGCAACCCAUGAGCAGGCUGCAGCAGCUCUGAAGAAUGCUGGACAGACUGUUACCAUCACAGGCCAGUACAGGCCAGAGGAGUACAGUCGGUUUGAAGCCAAGAUCCAUGAUCUACGUGAGCAGAUGAUGAACAGCAGUAUCAGCAGUGGCUCUCUGCGGACCAGCCAGAAGAGAACUCUCUAUGUCAGGGCUCUGUUUGACUAUGACCGGGCGAAGGACUCGGGGCUGCCCAGCCAGGGGCUCAACUUCCACUUUGGAGACAUCCUUCAUGUGGUGAAUGCCUCCGAUGACGAGUGGUGGCAGGCACGGCAGGUGACCCAUGAAGGAGAGGUGGAAGAGGUUGGAGUCAUCCCCAGCAGGAGGAGGGUCGAAAAGAAAGAGAGAGCGCGGUUAAAGACAGUCAAAUUCAACGCCCGGUCUCAAGACAAAGUGCAGUCAUUCAAUGACAAGCGUAAAAAGAACCUAUUUUCCCGAAAGUUCCCUUUCUACAACAAGAGCAAGGAGCACAGCGAACAGGAAACGAGCGAUGCUGACCAGCAUGUUACCUCUAACGCCAGUGAUAGUGAAAGUAGUUACCGUGGCCAGGAGGAGUACGUCCUGUCCUACGAGCCAAUCACACAGCAGGAAGUGAACUACACACGGCCUGUCAUCAUCCUGGGGCCAAUGAAAGACCGCAUCAACGAUGACCUCAUCUCAGAGUUCCCCGACAAAUUUGGGUCCUGUGUCCCACACACGACCAGACCGAAGCGGGAUUACGAGGUGGAUGCCAGAGACUACCAUUUUGUGGUGUCCAGGGAGCAGAUGGAGAAAGAUAUCCAGGACCACAAGUUCAUUGAGGCGGGCCAGUACAACAACCACCUGUAUGGAACCAGCGUCCAGUCUGUACGGGAGGUCGCUGAGAAGGGGAAGCAUUGCAUCCUGGAUGUUUCAGGCAACGCCAUCAAGCGAUUGCAAUCGACCAUGCUCUACCCCAUCGCUAUUUUCAUCAAGCCCAAGUCUGUGGAGAAUAUCCUGGAGAUGAAUAAGAGGCUAACAGAGGACCAGGGGAGAAAGACGUUUGACCGAGCCAUGAAGCUGGAGCAGGAGUUCACUGAGCACUUCACUGCUAUCGUCCAGGGGGACUCUCUGGAGGAGAUUUAUAACACGGUGAAGAGAAUCAUCGAGGAGCAGUCAGGACCCUUCAUCUGGGUGCCUGCCAAGGAUAAGUUGUGAAGGAAGAGAAACAGAAGAGUACCUUUUUUUUUGCCGUCCUCGUUUUCUUCUUUGAUUUUACGUCUAAUUUUAUGCCCUGAGCAUAGGACCCCCCCUCCCUUUCACUUAU